AUUGAUUUUUGUAUUUUGGUAUGGAGAGUGUUUUUGUUGUGAAGAACGUGAAGAACUGUAAAGACAUUCAUUUAUAGACUACGUGACUAUAUAAUUCAUUCUCGUUCCAUUCUUUAAAUUAUUCAUUCUUUAAAAUGCCUCCAAGAGAUAUGGAAAUGCACAACAAUCUUUUAAUGAUAAAUGCUAUGAAAGAGCAUGGUACGUUGUUGUGGUACAAACCAAAUUUUGAUGUAAACGAUUUUGUGACUGAUCAACCGACUUGGAAGGUCUUAUCACAAAAGACCAGACUGAAAAUAACAUGGCUCAAAGAGAAUUGGCUACUGAUACGUGAACAAUACCGACACGAUCGCCAGGCAGAAUUCAGAGAUCCAUCGAUUCAGAGAACAACAUUUUUGGAAAAGUACGGUGAUCAUUUGACGUUUUUAGAGAGCAACGCAAAAGAGUGGGCGACACUAUUAUGUGGAGGAUCCCCAAGUACAAGCAAGAUCGAAGCCGAUAAUAGUAGAACGUGUAACUCCAACGAUUCUGAAAUCGGAGAAGAUAAAAACGAAUUUCACAAUGCUAGAAAGCGGCUAGCGAGCCAAAUUGAAGAUGUUGAGUUUAUAAAGACGGUUAGAAGCAAACUUCAAAAAUUUGAACCAACAGAAAAGGACCAGCUGAAAAAGGAAAUAUUGGAUAUGUUGAAUAAAAAGUAAAAU